AUGGCCGAUCACGCUCAGCAGCAAGAGGCCGAGGAUUUUCAAACGGAUGAUGGUGCAUCUUCUAUCGGCGACUCGGUUGGUUGCACCUUUGACCUGCUUUUUUUUGUCCUUGGGGCUGACACCGCGCAGUCCAGCGACUCGCUAGCGUCUUUGCGAUCAAGCAUCCUCGACUAUCGCCGAGAGAAUGGUCGCACGUACCAUCGGAUGAGCGAUGGAAACAUUACCCAUCAUCUGUGGAUCUUGACCUGGGACGACAACAUUGCCAUCAGCCCGAAAAAGGACGGUGCCAAAAGGGUUCUGGAUAUUGGAACUGGCACAGGAAUCUGGGCUCUGGACUACGGCAAGCCAGUACUUGGCGUUGACCUCAGCCCAAUUCAGCCGGACUUCGUGCCUCCGAAUUGCAGUUUUGAGCUAGACGACGUGGAAAAAGAAUGGACUUGGAAGGAACCUUUCGACUUCAUCUUCUUUAGAAACAUGAUUGCAAGCUUCAAGAGCUGGCCAGAUAUGAUAGCCAAGGCAUAUGAAAACCUUGAGCCUGGCGGUUACAUUGAGCUUCAAGACAACAUGUUUCCGCUAUUUUGCCAAGAUGGGACCAUGAGUGAGGACUACCUACCUUUGAAAUGGACAAAUCUGCUUGUGGAGGCUACAGAAAAGCUAGGACGCCCAGUCACUGUGGCUGCCAGCUUUAAGCAGAUGCUAGAGGAUGCCGGCUUUGUGGACGUCGAAGAGAAAAAGAGAAUGUGGCCUAUUAACCCGUGGCCCAAGGACGAGAAGCUAAGAGAGCUUGGUUCUUGGAGUCUGGAAUCCGCCAUGAGCGGCAUCGAAGCGGUCUCGCUGGGUUUAUUCACUCGGGUGCUGGACUGGAGCCCAGAAGAGACAAGGGUGUUCUGCGCCUAUGUCAGGAACGAGCAUAGGAAGAUUGGAGUUCAUGCGUACUACGACGUCUACGGAGUCUGGGGCCGCAAGCCUGAGAAGACAGAUGAGGACGAGGAAACGGCUGCCACGGCCCCAGCCCCCGCUCCCGCUCCAGCUCCUGCCUCUGCCCCUGCCACAGCCGAAGAUGAGUCUUGA